AUGGGCUGGCUAACUGACUUCGUUGGGUACUCCUCUAUUCUCACUUCUGUACUUGUUAUCACCUGUACACUGGCAUACAUUCCUUAUAUGCUGAAUAGAAUGGACGCAAUUACGGAGGCUCUGAAAGUGCAUAAUGAUGAAUUCUUGGUACUGGAAGCAGAAGCCAGAAGUCAAUUAGGAGAGCUUCGAAGCGAUUAUCCAAGAAUCCGAAGAGCCACGUCAAACAACAGAAAGAGACAAGCUGGAGAAUGUCAAUGUGGCGGUGAGAACGUGUGUCCUGGAGGACCAAAAGGACAACCCGGACGUAACGGAGAAGAUGGAAACCCUGGACAGCCUGGAUCUCCAGGAGAACCCGGAUCCAACGGAAUCACUCCACCAUCUGAAUACGCAAAUGAGAAGUCGUGCCGUCAAUGCCCACCAGGACCACGCGGACAACCAGGAUACGGUGGACCACCAGGACCACCAGGACUUCCAGGACAACCGGGACACAAUGGAAACUCGGGAAGACCAGGAAACAAUGGGCCGAUGGGACAACAAGGAGAGUCAGGAAGAGAAGGACAACCAGGAAAAGCUGGAGGACCAGGAAGCCCGGGAAGAGAUGGAAUCCGAGGAUCCAAGGGAUCAACUGGGGAUAAGGGACCAAACGGACCACCCGGACAGAAUGGGCCGCCAGGAUGGGCUGGACGUGAUGGAAAUGUUGGACCACAAGGAAUUCCAGGACCACGCGGAGAGCCAGGAGGCCCCGGAACCGAUGGAUUCCCAGGAUUCUCUGGAAACCCUGGACCUGAUGGACAACCAGGAACUGACUCCGGAUACUGUAAAUGCCCAUCUCGUGGAGCAUUGGCUAGAGCUGCGUCAAGCAAGCGGAACUAA